CCUACUCUCCUCAAAAUUUCUAGCAGCAUUUGGUUUGGCCUGUCUGAUUGAAUGUGAGAUUUUAAAUUGAGGAUUAAAAGUGCAGUUAAAUCGAAUUAAUAAACUUAGUUUUGUAUUUGGUGUUGGUGUAACGAAUUACGAACUGUCUCUGAACUCUAGUUCUAACCAAGCCUUCAUUACACCGAGUGAUUGAUUUCAAAGAAGAUAGCCAUGAGUAAUCCAGUGAAGAAAGUUCCGAUUCACCUACAGAGUGCUCAAAAUAGGCUUCUUAUCAAAAAUGGAAAAAUUGUGAAUGCUGAUGAAAUAAUCGAUAACGAUGUUUACAUUGAAGAUGGUGUCAUCAAGCAAAUUGGGCGCAACCUCAUCAUUCCUGGAGGUACCCGAACUAUCGAUGCCAGGGGAAUGUUACUUCUACCUGGUGGUAUUGAUCCCCACACACAUCUUGAGUUAGAACUGAUGGGGGCGACAUCUGUCGAUGACUUCUACCAAGGCACCAAAGCUGCAAUUGCUGGAGGAACCACGAUGAUAAUUGACUUUGCACUUCCACAAAGAGGGGAGUCUCUUGUUGAAACAUACAACAACUAUAGACAAAAAGCCGAUGAAAAGGUUUGCUGCGACUACGCUCUACAUGUUGGGGUCACAUGGUGGUCUGAGCAGGUGAGCAAGGAAAUGGAGGAGAUAGUGAAGAACGGAGUGAACUCAUUCAAGGUGUUCAUGGCAUAUAAGGACAUCUACAUGCUGAAGGACUCAGAGCUGUACGAGGUGUUUGCCCGGGCUUAA